CCAAGGAGCACCCAACGGCGAAAUUCGCACUUACGAUUAAAGUUCGAUACAUAUGAGAUUCGUGAAAAGGCGUCAUAACAAAAAACAAAACAAAGGUCGUAAAAAGUGGGGACGUCAGAACCGCUUCUAAUUGGCGGACGGUUCACCCUUCUCAAAGUCCAAACAAUUUUCGUUCCAAUGAAUAAGCGGUAGUCGCUUGUAAAAAUUGUGAAUUGGUGGGCACGUGGUUAUUUGCCGGGUAAAUACGCGUGAUUCUAUCGUUUUCUGUUCCGACAUUGGGGAUACAAUCUAAAUUUUGGAAGCUCGUUAUCAGUAUACAGCGACGAGUGGGCGCGUUCAGUAAAAUUUUCUUCUGUUUUCAACUCAGCUUCGACGGCGUCUUUGUAUUCGAACAAGAGACCAUUGGGAGUAGGGAAGAAUGGGUUAGCUCGGGUAGCCCGCAGGCAACAAUAUAUUUGUUUACAUUUUUUGCCAUUCACUCUGAAAACUGUAUAGUGACACGCCUAGACGCGAAAUUUUCACUUUCGGACGUAAAAUCGGUGCAAGACAAAUAGAGAAAUGGCGACGGUAGACGAAGAGAUUCCAUUGACUUUGCCAGAUACCCAGAAUGUUGCGGACGCUCUCCUGACGCAAUCUCAGGAGAUCACUCCGCCUAGCCAAGUAAUCUGGGGCCGACUCUUUCCAAAUUCAGGACGUUUCAAACACCUUGUCAUGUCUAAGGAUGUCUAUACCAUAGGACGUCACACUAGUUGCGACGUACGUCCAAUUGAUGGAGAAUGGACCGAUAUCGAAUUGAGUGUCAUAAGCAAAUUCCAUUUGCGCAUAACACGUGAAGUGUCACCCUUGAGUGCACAAGAUGUCAUUGUUUACUUGGAGGAUCUCAGUUUCAAUGGGACUUUUGUCAAUGGAAACAAAGUUGGCAAAGGCAACAAAGUGAUAUUGCGACACAACGAUGUUAUUGCCUUAGCAAAACAAAACAUCGAAGUAUACACAUAUUUGAGGAGUUCCAAUCCUGAAAGCGACUGUCUACCCCAAGAGUUGAAAUCUAAAUACAUAGUUUCUCGCACUCUGGGUUCAGGGGCGUGUGGCGAAGUUAAGCUAAUUCUCGAUGUUUACACCGGUGCAAGAUUCGCCCUAAAAACAAUUUCUAAAAAAACUUUAACACGAGGACAUGAAACAGACAUGGUUCUGGAGGCAGAUCGAAUAAGGACCGAAGUAAACAUACUCAGGUCUCUGAGACAUCCGUGCAUUAUGAAAAUGGAAAAAAUCGUGGACACUCCAACCAAAAUGUUCAUAGUCCUUGAAAUGAUGGAAGGUGGCGAGCUCUUUGAUAGAAUCACCGCAUCGGAUGGAUUGCCUGAAGACGUUACUAAAUUGAUUUUCUUUCAGAUCGUCCUUGCUGUGAAUUAUCUUCAUAAGCAAGGAAUAACACAUCGCGAUUUGAAGCCGGAGAAUAUCCUACUGGCAAGUAACGCUGAGUACCCGUUGGUCAAAGUAACCGAUUUCGGGCUAUCGAAAUUCGUCGACGAAGAGACCAUGAUGCGUACUUUUUGUGGUACCCCGAUGUACGUCGCGCCCGAAAUGCUGCUCACAAACGGGCGAGGAACUUACACGAAUCAGGUCGACGUGUGGAGCCUCGGGGUGAUACUUUACGUCUGCUUGACGGGCCGAACUCCCUUUACUAUUCGCAACGCAACGAUCCCUUUGCGAGAUCAGAUCAUUAAGGGGAUGUAUCGGUGUACACCGAGCAUUUUCGAGGGUGUUACGAGCCGGGCGAUUGAUUUGGUAAAACGCAUGAUGACGACUGAUCCUAUAAAGCGGAUUCAAAUAGGGCAAAUACGAAUGCAUCCUUGGCUCAAGGAUUACAAGAUGCGAGCAAAGGUAAACGCGCUGAUAAGUUCGUACGAGCAAGAGAACAAUGCGACUGAAGAGUCGCAGAGAUACAACCAGCCCGAAAAUUUUGACGAACCGGCUCUUCCCCUGGCAAAAAGGCUUCGCCGUAGAUAAAGCGUGUCCGCGACUUAACGCCUGUACAUAUAUGUAUAUAUCAAAUAUUGUUAUUUCGGUUGUUCGUUUAUUUUUCAAUCCAAUAAUAUUUGAUACUCGAAUGUGAUGACCAAGCAUAUUAUGUAAGUUUCAAGAAGACAAAGUUUAUGACGAAAAGUAUAAAAAGUUGGCAGAUGCGCUCGAGAGGGCCAAGUAAGAAAACUGCGGGGUUCAAGAUCGACGUUUUCAUGACGCUCGAAUCGACAAGACUCGAAGGAUUAAGUGGAACAAGUUUAUUGUGUUUACAUACGCACAAAAUGAUUCUGUUUACACGGCUAAUGAUAUGCCAAGAUACUCGAUG